GAUGACAUCACUAGCUUUUGGCUGCGCGCUCCGUGUUCUCGGCUGUGGGUUUUAGCCAAGGCUGCAGCGCCUGGAGGCCGAGCGAGUGACAGCGGCUUUCUCGGGCGCCCACACCCGGGCAAUGCGAUUUCUGGAGCCCCUGGGGUGCAGCUUGGGCUCUCGCUCCUCUCGGGCGUCGCCUGAGCCUGAGAGGCCCGGAAGCCUCUGCAGCUCGAGGAGGUAGGGAGGUGAAGCCGAGGCGCCCAGGCUCCCCCACCCCUCUAUCCCCCGCCCCAUUCACCCCAGUGCGGGGAGCCGGAUCGCGGGACGCUGAGGCCGGGACGGGAUAUUCCACACGAGGCCGAGGGAUCCCUAGUCUCGGCACCCGGGUGGGCUGAGAAGAAAAUGGUGCAAUCUGAGAGCGGCUGACCCCAGCUGGUUAGAGCAAGCGGUGCUGGAGUGCUUGGGCUCAGGUGGCGAAGGGGGCGGGUUGCUUCGAGCAGCCGGGCUCCGGGUUUUCUUCGUGCUCGCAGCAUUUUCUCAGCACCUGGGCAUCUCGCACGCGGGGCUGCGGAAGGCCAGGUGAAGUGGAGCAGAAGGGAUAUUGGAGAGGGCCGGGUGCACACACUCCAGGAAGAAGAAGGCGCUGGAGAGAGCCGCAUGACACCGGGGAGGCUGGCGGCUGGGCGGGCAGCUCGCCACCCCUGAGCGACCUGUCCAUGGUGUUGAAGGAGCUCCGAGCGCUCCGGGUGCGCCCUCCUCUGUGCAGUCCGUCCCUAACGCCCGUCAGCUGCCGCCCAGUCUCUGCAAACCCCGGGCCCUGAACAGUCGCGUAACGCCGCCCGAGUGUCCCCGCUGUCCAAAAGCGGAGCUGUCUUAAUGGGGAGGCCAGAGGCAGGCCAUCCGGGAGCUCGCGGGCAAAGGCUGGUAGAGACCAUGCGUCUGCGGGCAGCUCGCUUCUGAGAGCACCCGUGGGGUCGGCAGGAGUCAAGGACCUAGUGGUGAUCAGAGGACUCAGGCUUUGAAAAGACCCAACCUGGAAAAGAACAGUUCUGGGCACGCGUCCCCGGCCUUCGGCUGCAGACCGAAAAGGGGAGGAGAGUCCCAGAGAAAGAGAUCCAGGCUGCACUCCCUACUCCGGGCAACCGGCCGUGAGCGCGAUCCGUCCUUCGGCGAAGUGUCGCGUCCUCAGAUCUCCCUCCCUAUCAUUCAUUCCCAGGAAGCCAGGACUGUCACUCCGGUCAGCAAGCUGCACAGAGAAACCCAGCAAGCCUCGCCGUGGUCGAGAGCACUUGGUGUUUAGUUUGUGAUUGCUGGGCGGCGUGCAGAGGCGGACGGAGGGUUAGGACUGUUGCCCCCUGAACGGUGGGAAGUGGCCGUGCUGAGUUCACCACCGCGAGAGGAGGCUGCACCUGCCCGGAGGAUGCUCAGGACCCUGCGGGAGCCUCUCCCGAUCAGAACUUUUUAGGCUGCCCGCCUCUACUCCCGCAGUCCCCCAGCCGCGUACCCGCAGGUGGGGGCCGAGGGGGGCGCCGCGGCGCAGAUCCCCUCCCGUAUCCACCCCUAGCUCGGCCGCCCGCCGCUUUGUUCCGGGCGCGCGGAGGGAAGGCGAGGCUGCGGCGGAUCAUGCCCAUGGUGUAGCCGCCAAGCGGAGGCAUGGCUGCCGGAAGGUUACUGCUCUAUACGGGGCUUUCGCUAGCGCUCUGCGCCCUCGGCAUGUUGGCUGUGGCCAUCUGCUCCGACCAUUGGUACGAGACGGACGCCAGGAAGCACAGGGACAGGUGCAAGGCCUUCAACACCCGCCGGGUCGACCCCGGCUUCAUUUACAACAACAACAACAACUUGCCUCUGCGCGCCAGCCGCUCGCGCCUGGACCGCUGGGAGGGCAAACUCCUCCGGGCCCGGAAUCGCCGGCAGCUGUUCGCUAUGAGCCCCGCGGACGAGUGCAGCCGUCAAUACAACUCCACCAACAUGGGCCUCUGGAGGAAGUGCCACCGGCAGGGCUUCGACCCGGAGAUCGCCGCCCUCAUACGGAAAGGAGAAAUUGAGAGAUGCACCUACAUCAAGUACCACUACUCCUCAGCAACCAUCCCUAGGAACCUCACAUUCAACAUCACGAAGACCAUUCGCCAGGAUGAGUGGCACGCCCUGCAUCUUCGUAGAAUGACAGCUGGCUUCAUGGGCAUGGCAGUGGCCAUCAUCCUCUUUGGCUGGAUCAUCGGCGUCCUGGGCUGUUGCUGGGACCGAGGCCUUAUGCAGUACGUGGCAGGGCUUCUCUUCCUCAUGGGAGGAACCUUCUGCAUCAUUUCACUGUGCACAUGUGUGGCUGGGAUCAACUUUGAGCUAUCACGUUACCCACGCUACCUAUACGGACUCCCGGAUGACAUCAGCCAUGGCUAUGGAUGGUCCAUGUUCUGUGCAUGGGGGGGCCUGGGCCUCACACUAAUCUCGGGAUUCUUCUGUACCUUGGCCCCCUCUGUCCAACCUGUCCCGAGGACCAACUGCCCUAAAUCCAGACCAGAGAAUGGGACAGUGUGCUAAAAGACAAACAAACCCAUACCUAUAUAUAUAUAUAAAUAUAUAUAUAAUAUACAUAUAUAAAAUGAAACUCAAUCAAGAUGAUGCCAGUGCCAAGGUAGAGUUGAGUUGGCUCAGGCACCUGCAUCUCACCAGACUUUGUGUUGCCUCAUGUCCAAGAUGGGAAAAGUGUCCCCAUCCUGUGGCUCUCUCAUCCGUUUUUGACUUUGGCUUCAUGAUUUCCUCAAGACAGAGUGAAAGCCACCACAGGCAUCUUGAUCCUUGUCACUUGUAAGGAUGUGGUGGUGACCUGGAAGGGACAGAGGCAGUGGUCUGAAGCGACACAGAUUCAGAGAAGGAAGUGCCACACUCUGGGCCAACAGGAGAGGACACCACCACCACCCCAGCCAUCAGAUCAUGGGGGAAACUCAGUCCCUUGAGUUCAUAGAAUGUAACCACAUCUUUGAGGCCAUUUUCAGAACCACUUCUCUGCUCUUCCUGUUCUGAGCUCCUUCCCAACCCACCAGCGACACGGCACAAGUGGAAGAGAAAACAGACCGAGAAGGAAGUUUUCUCUUUGUGGCCAAACCUUUGGACGAUGCUUCAGAGGUGGGAAGGGGAGAGAAGAUGCUGAGAGGCAAGAUCCACAUCAACUAAAGGACAUUCCAGUGGAUGCUCAGAAAACCCAGUCUUACCUUCCAGCUGCCUUACACCCAGUUAAACAAGAGGCCACCCUGUCCUCCCCUGCCUGUGCUCUCUGGGCAGAUUGGAGCCUUUGAGUAAUGCUGUGAUGUGUGUGUGUGUGUGUGUGUGUGUGUGUGUGUGUGUGUGUGUGUGUGUGUAUGUGUGUGGGGGUGGGUGGGGUGCACACACACACAUGUGUGCACAUGUGAAUAGGUGUUGGGUGGUUAACUUUUUCUUUUCCACUCUGUGAAUGGAACUCUCUCUCUCACUACUGUUGUUUUUGACCCAUUAUGGAGGCCCAAGAACUGGGAAUUAUCUUGAAGGGCAGGCCUUCAGGGGUGCCAAUGCAGCAGCUGCAGAUCCCUGGAGAGAGACAAAAGUGAGUGUGUGUGUGUGUGUUUGAUGUGUGUGUGUAUGUCCACACAUGUGUGCAUGUACACGUGGUGGAUAUUUCAUGAGUGUGGGACUUUAUAAUUUGUGUUGCAUUUAUUUUCUAUUAUUUUGGUACAGCUGAAAUUCCCAGAGGGCAAACCAAGAACAAAACUACUGGGCCACAGGACCCUGUGGUACCUCACAGUAUGGUUCUGGAACUCCGCAAGAUUUAGUCCACUAAUUUUUGGAAGUUCAAGACACAGCUGGGCACAAAAGUCAUAAGAGAAGAGGGGGAAAACAUACAGUUCAGGAGAGAAAAGGAAUGUUGCUUCUGGUUGCUGAUGUGCGAGUACGUAUACCAAACAAGACCUUCACUCCCCACUGUGGGGGCUGUCCUUUGUCACUGGACGUCUGCUCCUUUUCUAGGGGGGAGCCCUGUACAGAGGAAAGGAAAUGAGUCACAUGCAGAGAGAGCACCUCCAUGCCCCAUGCGCUCAAGUUUGUAUGAUAUUAUGUAAAUUAAUGGAGAACUCUUGACUCUUUCCAUUCUCGUCCCUUUCCUCUUGAUCUUCAAGGCCAUGAAUCCCAAAAUAGCUAUCUAUCUUAGAGGCUAGCACCCAAACUGAGGUGCCAUCCAAACUGACAAGGCCGUCCAGGUAUCUCAGGCUCACCUGAGCAAAUUUCGCACUGGGUGCUGGCAAGUGAAGAAGUCAGCCAGAGCUGUGAAUGCCACAGGGCAGGAACAGCUCAUGGUUACCUUGGGAACCCUGCUGGUGCCAAGUGUCCCUGGGGAGGCAAGGAGAGAAUCCUGAGCUGGCACAGCCAUGGUCAGCCAAGCAGAAGGGGAGCUCAACAGCUGCAGAAAAGAUCUGCUUUGGAGACUCUGCCAACCACUCGGCAGACUUUCUCCCCCACGUGCUCUGUCUGUCACAGCCCCCUGUUUCCCAUCUCUUCUCCUACCAGACUCCGCACCUACUAACAGCUUCCCUCCCCUUCCUCCAUCUACCAGGCUGUAGGCCCUGUUCUUCUUCUCAUCUGCUCUUUUGACAUCCCCCCCAUCACUGUGUGUGUGUGUGUGUGUGCGUGUGCGCGUGCGCGUGCGCGUGCGCGUGCGCGUGUGCGUGUGUGUGUGUGUAACUCCUAUCAGGUGAAAUAUCUGAUGGAUUUCAAUGUGGGUCUCUCUUAGUGUGUGUCAUUUUGGUGCACUGUGUGUGUGUGUGUGUGUGUGUGUGUGUGUGUGUGUGGUAUCAUUGUGUACCUAUAUACAGGUGUGGUUGCAUUUCUCAAGACCUCCUCCUAAGGGCCCUGGUCAGAUUCUACAGCAGACCUUGCAUGUGAGCGCCCGGAGUGUAGGCAUACCAGGUGAACAGGGGCAAGCUGGUGUCAGAAAAUGCUGCUGGCAUCCAAAUGAGAGUUUUUAAAUUUAUUUAUUUACAUCAAAUGCUGCUCCCCCUCCUGGUUUCCCCUCACGGAGACCUCCCCGUCUCACUGAGAUUUCUAAGGAUCAUUUUAGAGACAAAGGGCAUAUUCUAUGAUAAGGGAAAUCAUUAAAAAAAAAACCCCUCAGUUUUGUUUAAAUUGACAAUUUUCUUUUUCUUUGACAAGCUAGACUUUUAAGGUGAAAGAAAGACUCUUGGAUUGAGAGGUCUUUUGUUUUCUCUGUGGGCAUCCUGAGCUGAGCAGGGAUAAGCAGGUAGGUAUAUAUAUCCAUGAAUACCCACUUGGGGCACUUUUCUGUGACUGAAUGCUAAUUCCAGCUGUUUUCCAGUUGCAAAAAGAAGGGGAAGCUAAGCCAAAUGGGACAUUUUGUUAUUAGCUAUUUAAACUUUUCUUGAGUAAACUUUCUUGAAUAUUUAUGCUUUAUUUUUAAAAACCCAUACUCAACCAUAAACAGAUCAUCUGCUCUCUCCAAUUGCCCAACACCGUGAUAAAACUUUUAGUGAAACUCACUGGCUUUCCUUUGAAACACAAGCAUUCCUGAAACAUUCCAUGGACCCCCAGGAAGGAGAUAGACUCUCUGGGCUUAGCUCAUCAACUCAGCAUCAGCAGAACAGGACCUUAGAGUAACUCUUUCACUAUUACAACUGGACAGGGACAGAUACCGAUGCUGGGUUCUGAUCCUUCUUAGCAACAAAACAAGCUGAGGCGCCUAAUCAGGAUGGAAGUCUCCACACUGACAGCAGACAGCAAUCUCUGGCCCAGUGAUCUGACUCCUCUACCACAGGGGAUUGACCACUGGUUAAAACAAGCCCCUCUGAUGCAGUUUCUGGAGCUUUCUGGCUGUGAGGCAGCUAAGGACUGCAUAAAGAAGGAAGAGACAUGUCUUGGUAUGUGACACUCUCUAGGUCAGACUCUCCUAACUCCAAACCAUAGACCCCAACCUUGUGAGGGGACCCUGGUUCCUACCCAGGUCAAGUUCCAAUAGCUGGAUGUAUUCAAGGAGUACAGUUGCACAUGCCGUGGGCUCUGUGCAAACCAGCAGCAUGAGGCCACUUUCAACAGUCAUUUCUUUUGCUCUCUCCUAGAUUGGAGGUUUGGGAAAGUUGGGGUCUAACUAGGGCAAAAUACAAUUUCCUGUUUGCAUUGGGGAAUUAUGGCUCUUUUCCAACUUUCCUUUUCCCUGUGGCUUUCCCUAUGAUCCAUUUGUGACAGUUAACAUCUUAGGGAGGCAAAAUACUUCAAGCACUUCUCUCCUUGUUUGCCAUGGCCCGAGGUCUCACAAGGAGCUGUGUUUAUCAUGAAGAUAAGAAAAAAAAAAAUCUGUCCUAGCUUUAGUGGCCAGACAGCUUUUCAGCAGCCUUUCUCAUUUCUAGGGAUCAUGAAGGCAUAAUUAGAGAGCUCCCCCAGAGCCAGAUAAGUCUUUAUUGGCUUCAGGUCCUUCAGUGGUAGCCUGGGCCCUGACACCGUAGUGGUGUAUUCUCCCCCAGGGGAGGUUUUCUACCCAAAUGUGUCACCUCUCCUCAAUAGGAAAGGGAACCCUGGGAUUUUGCAUCUCCUUAGACAUCCAUAUACAUUGUAAGAGACCUAACUAGAAAGUACCAUAGUUUUCUCCUGACUUCGGGAAGAUGUGUGAUUUAGGUCUCCAGUGUUGCCCACCUAUGUAAUAUUCAUAAUAAUGAGGUCACAAUCAUCGCUCAGAGCAUUUGGUGUCAACUGUCUUCUGCUGGGGACAUUCAUUCACUGAUUUUCAAUCAUGUAGGGGAAGAAAUAGACUCAUGCACCCUCUGUCUUUGUUUCUGUGAAAUACUGGUUACCUCUCAUAGUUAGAGAGAAUCUUCUUGCCUGGAAGAGUCUCUGCUGCUUCUGGCCUGAUAUGCCCCAGUGAACACACCCAUCCCUCUCCAGGGAAACAUGAUGAGUCAGAAGAUCUGAUUUUACAGAGUAGCAGUAAGCCUUGCUGCUAUCUUCCAGCCCAGACAGACAGAGGAAAGGGGCAGAUUUUUUUUUUCUUUUUAAAGCAAGUCCUAAGAGAAGAUGCAUCCAAAUGGUUCUGGUGCCUCUCAGGGUGCUUGACUUCUGGGGUCAUGUUUACCAUUUCUCCAUCCAUGCUGCUAUGCCACAAAAACAUUCUGUUGACAUUGGUCCUAGUCCUUAGACUAGGCUAUUACCAGCUAUUAAGUUUCCUCCCUGAGGACUACAUGCUCAUUGUAGAAAACCAUGAGAAAAGCAUGCAAAAGACUGAGAGACUGGUCAGAAUCCCAUUGCUCUGAGGCCCCUACCAUGGACCCAGUCAUAAAGGUUCAGACCUCAGAACCUCUCAAUGAGUGGUUGUCAUUGGGUGAACCGAUGGGGCCAGGACGACAUGGCAUGGCCAACAGAACUGCACCGAUUGGCAUCAGUGACUGUGUGUUCUUGGCAGCAAUACGAACCAGAAGAGUAGCAAGGAGGCAUUUGAAAGCUCAUGACAGAGCUAAAGAUCUGCCCCCCCUUCUCUCCCCUAUUUCUUUUAGGUGCCAUCUCAGUCUAAUCAUGGGUAUAAAUUCACCUUGGCCAGAGAAACUCACUAAUUAAGCUACACUUGUAUAACACAGCAAUGGCUGAACACUUCAUUCUGCUCUGUACUAAAACAAUUUGUGACUCUGGGCACUGUGUCUUCUCCAUACUUGAACUUCCUCAUCUAUAACAAGAGGACGGUGAUAACACUUUACCUCAUGGUAUAUUAAGGUCAACAAAGAAAUUGCAAAGCAAUUUACAAACACAAAGUGUCUAUGAAUUAUGAGCUGUUCAAAUUGCCCAUUAUCAGCAGUGCAGCCACUACAAUGGAAUGGUUCCAUCAAGGCUCUGCCAAGAGGAUAAUGUAGAGUAGGAGAGGCCAUCUUGGUUGCUGAACUUGAGUGUAGCUAGCCAACUGAAGCACAUAGGAUUCACUUCCCCUUUCAAGCCCUCCAGAGAAAUGGCCUCCUUCAUAGUCUUUACCCAUUGCCAGACUCACUUUCUUUACUUCAAGGACAGUCUUGCAAAGUGCACUCCUGUGUGUUACCAGAAGUGAUGAUACAAAGAGAUCAUGUGGAGGCCAAGAGCAUAGAUGACUAAAAUAGUUCGAAGCAGGCAUGGAGUUAGUGCUGUUUGUUUGAACAGUUCUAUUAUCAUUCUUAGCUGUACAUGCUCAUGUUGGGGAGCAAAGUCCUAUUCUUGAAGCUUUUAAAGUUCUCUCAUAUUUAGAGUAAAGAGAAGUAUGAUAAAAGUAAGAGCCCACUUCCUCUUGUCAGGUUGUAAAGCUAGUGACUUCAUCAGUAGCAUCUCAGUUCUGGUAGGAGGUCCUGAGUGAUGUGUCAAGUUGGGACACACCCCUGUAUGAUCUUACUUGGAUCCUAAAUUCUAAAGGAGAAAAUAAUUGAUUCCCCCAAAAGAAUUUCCACGCCUUUCUUCUUUCCUGUGUGCACCAAGAUGUUCUACCAGAGAACAACAAGACCUUGUUCUCUUUAUGACUAGAGUCUAGCCGAUAAUAAGGGUAAUGUCAUGCCCACAAGGGUGGGUUGUUCAGAGCCAACAAACAGAAAGCUGGGCCCCAACCUAGGAGUUGCUCAGGUACACAACUCAACCUGGUAUCUUCCUGACAAAUGCCCAGCUACUACUCCUUCUACCUAAGACCUGUUAUGACUCCCUAGGGAAACAACCUAGUGUCCUCUGUUGCUCUCCCUUGGACACCGAACUAUUCCUUUCCUCUCUGGGUGGUCUGUAGGCCCAUUCCCAUUUGUAUGUGCCAGUAUGUCUGUGUUGUGAGUGUGCUGGUGCCUUUCACACAGAGAUUUCACAGAACCACUCUCAUGUCCCUCCCUGGCCUACCCCACCCCCCACUGCCCACUGCCCAUGGUGUGACUGUUUUGCUAUUCAAGACUAUCUGUAAAAAAUGUACAAAUAAAAAACUGAAAAUUAAGGGGAGGGGGAAUUGCAUCUUCUUAAAUGCUGUAAUGUAGCCCUUGGUUUCCUGAGGGCCUGUGAGGACUGCCCUAGAAUCCUGAAUCUGGGGGGCACUUGAAGAGAGGGAACGCCUGUCACAGAUUUCUCCGGUUGUUUUCCUGAUGGUCGCUUCUGCUUGCUUGGUACUCUCUGUUCUAAAGACAUUUGCCUUUAAACUUAAGUAUGUCUCCCCCCCCCCCAACACCCCUAAAUAAAAGCAUAUCAUCCAAGUUAGACUAGUGAAGGCCAGGACCCAUCUCAACCCAGAGGCAUGACCUGGGGUGAUACUAGUGACUUUGUUAAUAGCUCACCUGGAACCUUGAGUGAAUCUUGUGACCUCACCACGUAUCCAUGUCCUCUCAGACUCACGGGAAGCAGGGUGAUGUUGGGGACACACGUGACACCCGGUCUCCCUAUCCAUUCUGCUGCUAUUUGUGCCCAUGCUGGCUGUUGUAUGCUGACAGAGUUCAGGCAACCCAGGAGCAGCUUUCUUCCUGUUGCUCUGGUGGGAAGCCGACUUUCCUCAGAAAGUAGCCUGCAGCCGGUUUGUGGACAGAGUCCAAAGCCUUUGAUCUACCUUUUCAGUCUCAGAUGCCUUUUCACACCCACUUUGAUGAUCUCAUCUUGCUCUCUCUGAUGGACAGAGCUUUGUCACACAGGACUGGGGUAGGAGAAAGAUCAUCAAAGGAGAUAUGUGAGUGGAUCACUUAACCAACUGUGGCUGGCUCUAUAAAUGUGGCUUCCUGCAUAAAGAAGCACAGGCUGGCCAGGGGACACUAUAAAAUCGGAGGGGGAAAAAAGAACUUGGUUCUGGAGAUACGAUGGAGGUUGUAGGUAGAGGAUGUGGUUAGAUAAACUUAGAGGUUAAUGAAAAAAUGUUUGUGCUUCCAGAAAGUCCCUCAGCAGAGUAGCAGAGAAGCAUCCCCAAGGCAGUAGUAACCCUAGUAGCAUCCAGGGCAUGGAUAAUCCCAGAGAGCAAGGGGCUACUAGGGAAGAGUGGUUGCCCAAGAGAGAUACACACAUUUGGCCUGCGCAAGCAGCCCUCCACUCAUGGUUAUAGGCCCUUCAAUCUAACACUUCCUCACUCCUCAUGGAGUUUGGUGACCCUCCUUGAGAACUGUACAAGGAAGGAUUUAGACCACCCCACCACUGUCCAAUAAAAUUUGGUACAAGUUGUGUAUGCAAUUUGAAAUAUUCUUCUACCUGAGUUGAAAAGCACCAGCAAAACAGGUGAUAUUAAUUUCAAUACUAUAUUUGAACCCAGCACAUCAAAAAUAUUAGCACUUCAACAUGGAAUCAGUAUAAAAGUUACUGGCAUGUUUUAUGUUCUGUUUAUUUCAAGUAAGAUCUUCUAAACCCAAGGUGGGUUUUACCCUGAGAAAACAUCUCCAGCUGGAUCAGCCACAUUGUGGGGGCUCAAAAGCUGCACCAGGCUUUUGUGACCAUCUAGGAGAACAGAGAGUAAGGUCUGUGGUGGAUUUCCUUGUGAGAACAAAGGCAAAGGCUGGAUUUACUCAGUAGCAGCAGAGCUAUAACCAUGAUGCUGACUCACCCUUGGAAGUCCUACUUUACCUUCUUAGUAAGGGGAGAGAGUCACUGCUGUGAACCAACCACAUGUUAUAUCUGCCUCAAGGGGAAUUAGUGCUAUCCUUGGAAAAGGCCCUGAUGACCUGUCAGAGUCCUAGGGAGAAAGCAGGCCAUGCCCCUGGGCUGUAGGAGAGUCAGGCACAGCCCACCCUAUCCAUAUAGAUAGAUGUCUUAUAUCUUAUGAUAAGAGAUAGACAGGCCUCCCUGUUGUUAAGAAUAAACGUCUCUCCCAUCUUCUAACAUCUGGUAGAGUCUCCUGCUAAAAACAUCAUCCUCCAAUUUCUUUAAUUUUUUUUUUUAAUCUUGAGUGUUGAAAAGGAGAUAUGGGAAAAGAAUAGCAGCCACACCGGGUCUCUUAAGAGGUAGCAGAGACAAGUUCUGUCCUUACACUAGGACACAGGCCACCAUUUCCUACCUCUCCUUUCUGCUUAGAGAUCUUCCUUAGAUCUAAAUGAGCCUCUUCUGUGUGUGUGAGAAAGACAAGUAAUGAGAUCUUAGGACAUAGAACAGAAUCAAUGCAAGCAACCAGCCCCUGGGAAUUCUCCAGCCAUGGCAAAGAGCCAGUAUGAUAAGGCUUGAUUCACUUAAAAUCUAAUAUUCUGAGCCCUCUGCCUGCCACGCAGGAGAAAGGGAGCUGAUUUGGUGAGUAAGUUAUAUGUGUGCUCAUUAGACAGGGGCCAUGGCUGGCAAAACCUUCAAACACCUGGAGUGUUGAUGGUCCACCAACUUGUGGCUCAGUCAAUAGAAAUUUAUUUACUCUCACUUUAAUUUGCAUAGUGCUUUCUGAUUGGUUAGACACAGUGUGGUGUAUACUGCAGGAUUCUAACAAGACUCUCCCCUUGGAAAUAACAAUUCCUGUGGUUAUUGGUGCUAAAAUAAGAUUAAAUAUUAUGUUAAUUUGUUCUGAUACAAUUUGAAUAAAUGUAUUGUUUAAUCUUAACAAGAAUGCUACAUCUUAUCAGAUCUAUUGUACUGUCUGUUUCUUCUCAUAAUUAAUUAAUUACAGGAAAGGUGAUCCGAACCAGAUCUGGAAACUCUUGUGAUAUUCCGAGAGGAACUUACCAGGGAAGUGGGAGGGGGAAUGAAAAGGGAAAUUGCCAGGUUCCUGUGACUUUGAAAGGACUGAGGAAGCAGAGAGCGAGCGUUUGGGGACUUCACUGAAACUGACUGCAUCUUGCAAUUUUCUUUUUCAAAUUGGCAGAAAUAUUGUUAUUUCCAUCGAUUGAAGAAAAAAAAGUGUCUGGUAAUUAAUUAAAUGACUUGUUCAUGGAAAAAAAAUAAAAAUAAAUAAUCUGUCAGUUGUGGAAUGUAAACUGAUUAAACAAUUAAAUAAAGAAGACCAUGUUGUGUGUUUUAAAA